CCUGCGCGCUGUCUCUAUGGUGCCGGCACGGAUAGGCUGCUGCGCUCUGGUACCGGGGCCGGACUCUAUGGUGGGCUGCGGGCUGUACCAUUGCACCGUGCGGCGGGGGGCGGCUGAGGGAAGAUGGCGCAGGCUCUAUCCGAGGAGGAGUUCCAGCGGAUGCAGGCGCAGCUGUUGGAGCUCAGGACCCAGAACUAUCAGUUGUCCGACGGUCUGAGGAAGAACAGCCAAGAACUCACCUCCCUGCGACAGAAGCACGGAACCCUAGAGAAGGAGUUUGGGAAAGCACAGAAGGCGCUCAGUAAAAGCAAGAAGGCCCAGGAGGUGGAGGCCCUGCUUGGGGAGAAUGAGAUGCUACAGGGGAAGCUGCACAGUCAGGAGGAUGAUUUCCGGCUACAGAAUACGACGCUGAUGCAGGAACUCUCCAAGCUUUGCUCUCAGAUUGAGCAGCUCGAGGCUGAGAAUGCGAGGGUUAAGGCGGCUCCCAGCGGCUCAGGGGAGGAGGAUGUACAGAGGCUCCGGGCCGAAAACUCCGCCCUACAGAAACGGAUAGCAACUCUGCAGGAAUUCCAUGAGAAGGAGGUUGGCAGCCGGAGGUGCCAGGAAUCGGAGGCUAAUGGGCACGGUGCCACACACAGAGAGGACGGGGCAGGUGGAUCCCACCCCCUUGUGCAAACGGAUGGACAGGCCGAUGCCAAGCAGGAUGGGCUGGGUGCCUGCAGCUGGGAGCCAAUCACAGACGAUCUGCAAGGAUUUCAACUAAAAUUAGAGACACAGACUGAAGAAAAUCGACUGCUAAGAGGUCAGAUACAGAGUCUUCAGGAGCAGAUGGCAAAGCUACAGGAGGAACAGAGCAAGACUGCGGAGAAGCUGAAGAAGAAACACGACAGUUUCCUGCAGCUCCAGGGAGAGAAGGAGGCUCUGUACAACGACAGCAGGACCAAAAUUGAGGAGAUUCAGCAGAAGAAAGAAGAAGAAAUUAAAUCUCUGACCUUGCGGAACCACAAGUUACAGCAGGACAUGCAGGCAGCACAGCAGAGCUGCGCGGAGCUGAGAGAGCAAGUACAGAGCCAGAGGCAGGAGCACGAGCGUGCCCUCCAUGGGGUACAGGAGCAGGUGGCAUGGCAGAGCGCAGAGAGCCAGGAGCAGGUGGAUACCAUCCUGUCUGAGAAUGAUGCCCUGCGCACCAACCUGGCCGCAUUAGAACAGAUUCAGAGUUCCCGGACCCAGGAGCUGACUCUUUUACGGGAGCAGAAUUCAGCGCUCACCCUGGAACUGCAGCAGCAGCAUCAUGAGAAGGAAGCCAUGUUGGCUCAGAAGGAGGAUCUAAAGGCUCAGCUGGAGGAGUCUCUCCGUGCCAACCGCCGGCUGCUGGAGCAGCUUCAGGAGAAGGAGCAGGAGUCAGAGCGCCUCCGGCAGGACCUGGAUGAAGCGCGCAAGAGCGCCGAUAAGCGCAAAGCCAUGUUGGACGAAUUGGCCAUGGAGAUGUUGCAGGAGAAGAGUCGCCACAAGGAGGCGCUGGGGAACCUCAAGCUGCAGCACGAGAAGGAGACGCUCAGUAUCCGAGCCAAAUACGAGAAGGAGCUCCGGGAACUCCAUGAAGAGAAGAACAGAGGGGAAGAGGAUCUGCGGGCACAGCUCAGGGACGAGAAGGCUCGGAGCAGGGAGCUGGAGGGCCACCAACAAACAUCGGAGGAGCUGCGCUUACAGAUCCACUCACUAGAGGGCACUAAGGGCUGGUUUGAGCGGCGGCUGAAGGAGGCAGAGGAAACUGUGGAGAAGAACCAGAUGCGGCACGAGGAAGAUUUGGCCAAGGUGGCGCGGGAGCAUUCAGCCAAUCUGCAGCUGAAAGACCAAGAAGUGGCGGCUGUGACCCAGAAACUGGAGGAAAGUGGCAAAGAGAAAGCGGAUCUGCAGGAGGCAAUUACCCGGCUGCGCCAGGAGCUGAAGGACACGGCCGACGGGCAGAGAAUAUUGGAGAAAAAGGGCAGCUUGGCACUAAAAGACCUAAAGCGGCAGUUGCAUUUGGAAAGGAAGAGAGCGGAGAAACUGCAGGAGAGACUGCAGGAGAUUCUCACGAACAGCAAAACCCGAACAGGGCUGGAGGAGCUCGUGUUGGCAGAGAUCAGCUCCCCGAGUCGGGCACAGACUGGCGACAGCAGCAGCAUCUCCUCCUUCAGUUACAGAGAGAUCAUGAAGGAGAAUUCAACCCCCAGUGGCUCUAAGUCCAACACGGGGAGCCCCCAGUCCCAGAACCAGCGGGCAGCGGAGCUGUCGGACGAGGAGGUGUCGGACCUGUUCCAGAGACUGGCAGAGAUCCAGCAGGAGAAGUGGCUGUUGGAAGAGAAGGUGAAGCAUCUGGAGGUGAGCAGCGCCUCUAUGGCGGAGGAUCUGUGCAGGAAGAGCUCAAUCAUAGAGGCCUACGUGAUGGACAGCCGGAUCGAUGUCUCUGCCGCUCACGGCCAAGUGGAUCGGAGCAGUCUCGGCAGCGUCUUACGGGACCUGGUGAAACCUGGAGACGAGAACCUGCGGGAGAUGAACAAGAAGCUGCAGAACAUGUUGGAGGAACAGCUCACCAAGAACAUGCACCUACAGAAGGACCUGGAAGCGCUCUCACAGGAGAUUGUGCGGCUGAGCAAGGAAUGCGCCCCAGGCCAGGAGCAGCCGCACGUGGACACCCUGAGCUGAACCCCCAUGUCCCUCCCCCACUUCUAAUUCAUUGGCUCCCUGUCUGUCUGCCCCACCCCUGCCUCUGACACCCCCAUAAUCACGUUUCAGGGGCUAUGCCCAUAGGGGAGGCCACUUUUGCCUGAAAGUGCCCCCAGCAUCCCUGCCUGUUGUUCUUGCCACGCUGGUUACUCCCGGACUGUACCCCCUGUUUGUUGUACCCCCUGGGCACAGCUCUAUCCUUACUGCCUGUCACGGGGGGCUAGAUGGAGCUGGAGACCCCCACGCGCCAAGCAGGCCAGUGUGUGCCCAAUCUCCCCCCUGUACCUGGUGGGUGUGCAGCUCAGUCUGGUUACUGCCCCCCCCCCCCCGAUCAUUCCGACCCACCCACCCAUUGGAUGCCCCGUGUAUAAUGAUUUGUAUAUAUUGUUGUGUUUGUGGGUGGGCUAACUACAUGCGGCCAAUCAGCAGGGGGAGGGUGGUCCGACGUCCCCCUGAAACGGUGGCUGAUAUUGUGUAUAGUCUUUUAUUUAACUGCUGUGUGGGGCGGGUGGGGGCAUUUCUUGGUACCCUCUGACUUCCCCAAGUCCCUUUCUGGCAAACAGCAGCUCGGCCUUGCUUUAUGGCAGGGAUUUUAGUCUCAGGAUCAGAGCCGCUCUCCCAGUUGCCCCUUAUGCCCCUCAUGCCCGCUGGGGGUGACACUGAUGCUUGGUACUCAGUACAACUAUAGGACUCUAACGUGACUCGUGCCCCCGGUCUUGCUGUUAUGCGAUGGCAAUGCCCCCUUAAUACUGUGCCUCUGAGGGAACUGGGCAAACUCCCAUGCCACCCAUGCCCGGUGCCAGCUCAGCUGUACCAUCUGAAUAAAGUGUUAACCUCUU